UAGCACAUUCUUAUAGUUACUUUAAUGCAGUGUGUCGAUCAUAAUGACAGUAGUGUUACUAUUUAAGAGCUAUUGAAUGAAUACCGAAAAGAUGCAGGUUUUAUUUUACGUGAUUGCAUUAUUAAUUGUAUGUAAUGUCACACAUGGAAACCUUUACAAUAAAUUACAAUGUAAAGAUGAAAAUAAUUUACCUGUAGAUUGGUAUGUGCUUUAUAAGUUACCAAAAAUUCAAACAAGUAGCAAUCCUUUAAUUAGAGAAGGUUUCGCUUAUUUGUACAUAACAAAUGUAACCAUUAGAUUAGGCUGGCAAUUGUCCACUAGGCCUAUCGGUUCGAGUAAUUCUAUGCCUGGAAUUACAUUAGCGCCUCUUUACAAUCGUGAAAACGAAAAGGAUAAUUUAUGGAAUUUAUAUAACGAUAGUCCGCCAAAUGCAUCUUAUGCAUGGAAUUAUGGUCAUACUAAAGGUGUAGUGAUGAUAAACAGUGAUCAAGGAUUUUGGUUAAUUCACAGUGUUCCAAAUUUUCCUCCAGUUCCUAUAGAAGGUAUGCAAACUCGACCAUUAAGAAGGGAAAAUAUAACUAUCGAUGGCAAAUAUAGUUAUCCAGAAAGUGGAACUUUAUACGGACAGAGCUUUUUAUGUAUUUCCCUUGGGAAUGAUCAGUUCGAUGUUGUUGGAGAACAAUUAAUAUAUAAUGAAAUAGCAGUAUAUGCAAAAAAUAUUCCCAAAACUCUUGGUAAAAAAUAUCCAGUAUUGAAGAAUGCAACCAAUCAAAAACAUUUUAAAAAUCCUCCAUAUACUCAUAAAGCCAUUAUAAAAUCUUUAGGAGAUCUUGAAUUCAUUUCGUUUGCUAAGAGUGGUAAAUGGGGAAAAGAUUUGUAUGGCGAUUUUGUAGCACCACAAUUACAAGCAGAUUUAUAUGUCCAGUCAUGGUUGAAUAGUCGAGGAAAGUUACCUACAGUUUGUACUCGUAGAAAAAUUUAUAAUGUUAAAAGUCUUAAAUUCGAAACAGUGAAUAUAGAUUAUAAUAGCAGUCACGAUCAUUCAAAAUGGGCAAUAACAGCCACUAAAAAAUCUAACAAUCAUUGGGUUUGCAUUGGUGAUAUUAAUAGAGCUGAUACACAAUAUUCACGAGGCGGUGGAACUGUGUGUUUCAAAAAGUUAUGGAAUGAUUAUCGUAAUAUUAUAAAUGAUGUAGAGCCUUGUCAUAAUACUUCAACAUGACACAAUAUAAAUAUUCGUGAUUUUUUAAAAUAAUAAUUACUUGAUGAAAAAUUAACAUACUAAAAAAGAUAUUAAAGUUAAACAAUAUUGUAUGUUUUAAUAAUAUAAAUUUACAUUAUAAUAGUAUAAAUGAAAGAAAAGAAAUAUGAAAAAAUAUUAUUUUUAAUAUGAAGUGCAAGUAUAGAGAUAUUGAUUUAAUAAUAUUUCAAUCGAUUUAUCUGUAUAAAUGAUGUUUUUCAAUAUUGUGAAUUUUUAUAACACCAAUAUGAGGACAUGAAGUAAUAAUCGUCAGAUUAACUGCAGUUUACUUGCAAGUAUAUAAAGAAGAGAUCUCAGUGGCUCUUUAUUACUAUCUGUAGAAUAAGGACGAACGACGGAGAUCAGAAGCAGUUCUUAAAUUGGAUUUUAUGAAAGGCGGCAGUGACUCUUUCUGCACCAACUCUCGUUUCGUCUUUCUUUUUCUCAGCCGUGCUUAUUGUCUAUCUAAGGAAAUUGCAGAGUAGCUCGUGCCGUUAAUGAAAGAAAAAAAAA